AUCACGACGCCCACGUCGACCAUCUUGUUCACGCGCACAAUCACAAGAAGCGGAAAACUGAUAAGAAUUAGAUACGAAGGGUAGCGACGAGCGCGUGUAAAACAAUGGAAUUCCUUAAUCCUGUAUGAUUAUACGUAGAUGUAACUUUUUUAAGAGGAAAGAGAGAGGGAGAGAGAAAGAGAGAGAGAGAGAGAGAGAUCACGACAAGAAGGGCAAGACCGAACGUUUUUUCAGAGUUCGGAAUUGUGUCGAGGGAGAAUCGUUGCGGGAGAAAGGAUCACUGUCGGUAUAGAAGCGUAGACUUCGGACAGUAGAAAGCGUGCAAGAGGCCCGUUCGUGUUAGCUGCACUUUCAUGAACUUUCCGUGCUCCCAACAAGACGAAAUAUAUUUCGGAUUACGGAUUGUGUCCGAAAUGUAUGGUAAACCUGAAAGAAAAGUGAGAGACGAAGAAUACAGGUUAACACAGCGCGUCUGAGACGAGCGGAGCCGAGUUGUCCGCCGAGUCCUUUCUAUCUACUUUCGGCGAACGAACGAACGGACAGACGAAGGAAAGGCGGUGCAGUAGUAAGCGACUGUUCAAGUACGGCUGCUCCGAUCGGAGAUCUGUCAGCUUCUGGCUCGUUUCGAGGAACAGCUGAUCCAGCCAGAUCGAAUCUCGGGGAAAUGCUAGUUCGCCCGAAUCCUGCGAAACAGACGCACGAUGAGUGUUAGCGAGGUGUCAAAGCGGCCGCCAGGACGGUAAAUAAAGAGCCACGCAUGUGGAAAAAUCAAUGAGGGUGCAACGUGAGAGCGCAUCGCGCUCGCAAAACUGACGAGGCUGUCGACACGCGGCCGACGAUUACGAGUACAUGAGGAAGCAUCGCCGCUAGGUUAUGUUGCGACGUCCGUACGUUCGUAACGUCACACGCACGCCACGAUCGUAGGCAAGCGUGCGGCACAAUAAUAAGGAGGCGAUGCCGAGAUGUUGACAUUAGACGAGACGGAAUACGAGAACAUGCCGAAGAAAGCCGGAAAGAGUCGGGAGGAGAAGAAAAGUAAGGGGGACAAGCGGAACAGGCGCAGCACCAGCAGCGGCCGUAAGCUGAGGAGCAAACUGGCCAAGCCUAUUCCGCUCAAGAUCGAGUUCCCGGAGGAGAAGCCGAGCAUGGGGCUUUCAUACCACGAAAACGACCCCGUAGCUUCCAGCAUCUCCAAGGAGAUCAAAGUGGAAACUUCUUCGUCGAAUGAAGACGAGUACAUAAUACUGACUCCCCUGGAGUCCCUGAAGGAUACCGAGAUAAAAACGGAGGAGCCGUUGGACCAGUGCAUGCAGAUCUCCAAGAGUCGGCACAGGCAGAAGCGUCUCAACAAGAUGAUACUGCUGCGGAAGUGUGCGGUCAAUCGCAACAAUCUGUCAACAGAGGAGACGGAGGACGAGUCCCAUGAAAACACCUCCUUCGAGGAGGACGGACGUGUCCCCAAUAUCGAGAAUCAUAUAUAUGAGAAUGCCGUGGAGGAGCAGCAGAAGAACGGCAAGGUUAAACGGGAGAAGAUCAAGUGGUCGAAGAAGCUCCAUCCGUUGUCCCUUUAUUACACGGACAGGAGCAAGCCCUACCUGAAGUGCCCCGCGUGCGGCGCGAUGUUCUUCUGCUCGAACACGUAUCAGAGGCACCUGCACUCGCACAUGCAGAAGAUAAUGGAGAGUUACGUGUGCGAUUUCUGCGACUACUCGCACUCAGAGCCCGGUAUGCUGUUCGCACACUUGGCCAAGCAUCAGAACCAGUGCGAAUCCUGCAACGAGAGCCUGCUGCGCAAGGACAACUUCGAGAAACACCUGUACCAGUGCUCCUUCGCGUUCAGCUUGAAGCGCGAUCACCACGGCAGAUUCGUCUGCACGGUGUGCGAAUUGGUGUUCGACCUGUUGGCCCAACUGGAGAAACACUGGUUCAAGCAUACCUGUAAGAAGCAAAAGUCAUACCAGUGCAAUGAAUGCAGCGGUCUCUACGAGAACCUGGAGACUCUGAAGAAUCACAAGUGUCUCAAGUGUCCGGUCUGCGGCGAGGUCUACGAAAGUCUGCAUCGGCUGAAGAUACAUACGAUGUGGAUGAAGCACUACCUGAAGUGUCCCAUUUGCUCCUACGAGUUCAUCCUCUCCACGGACCACGAGAAGCACCUGUCCCUGCACAGGAAAGUGUACCAGCCGAUGAAGGAUUACAUGCACUGUUUGCGCGCUGCCGACGGCAAAACCUUUCAGUGCAACCUCUGCGACAAGAUAUUCUACGCCUUACCGACCCUCCUGUCGCACCUCACCGAGGAACAUGACGUAAAGAGCGUGAAGAUGGAGGAGGCGGACCCGGACGACAAUUUCGAGCUGAAGGGGGACAUUAUCGACAUAGUUGUGGUUCCUGACUUCAAGGAUUCCGCGAGCUACUCCGACAGCUGUAGCGACACGAACCCGCUGCAGCAGGACACCGAUGCGGAGGAUCAUGCCGACUACGAGCUCAAGUCGUGAAAAUGGAGAACAACAGCCUUCAUUGUGAGCCGUUGUUAGCAGCUUUUUACUGUCACAACACCACAGGCACACUCUCUCAUAAAAUAAUGAUACUCAAAAGCGAAAGGGAAGAAAGGAACUGUACUACUAAAAUAUACAAGGGACAACAAUUGUAAGUGCCGCCGCAGUUGCGAAGCAGUAGACGAGAAGCAAUUUAUCCGGGAACGCUAUUUUUCAAGGUGUAUCAUUUGCUUCGGGAUUUUUGAUAUCGAUUUAUAUAAUACCGGGACGAGACCGUGUUGAUUUGAAAAAAAA